GAGAUUGAGGGGUCAUGGGUUCGAAUCCUUGCAUUCUUGGCUAAACAUUGUGUCCUUGGAUAAAUGGGUACCAAGGUUUAUCAAGAUAUCUGACUUCAGUUGGGGAGGUAAAAGGCAGUGCUAGGAGAGGGUUGGGCUCUGCCUUCCAAUACCGUGUCCAAAACAUUUGCCUUUUACAUUGUUGGACAACGUACUAGCUGCAUGGAAACAGCCAUGUGUGUGUAGUCUUUGUGUGUAAGUCUUGUGUUCCCAUGUAGAAAGUUGUGUGUUAUACGUUACAGGAACAGAAGGACAGUACGGUACAGGAUCCCAAGCCAGAUACUUCCACCUCACAGCAUGUGAAGCUGAGCGUAAGGGGAGGUGUGGUCGCCAAUCCGCGGGUGGUGGAGAUUCGCAAGGAGUGCCUCGGGUCCUUCAAGUACCGCCCGCAGCCCCUCCCCGAGGCCGUCUGCUACCUGGGCAUGGGUGACAACGGGGAAUCCGAAGCCAAGAAAAAACCCAUCUGGUUGGGGAGGACUAAAGUCACGCCACUGGAAAACAAGCUGAACAGGCCCAAGUCUAAAAGUGUGGACGCCCUGCUCGAAGACUCCGAUCCGAAGGUCACCAUUACAAGAAGCGCAAGUCUAGAAGGGAUAAGGUCUGCAGUGGAGAAUUCUGCUCAAUCUGAUGGUGUUGGAGAUACCGCGUUGACCAAUCGCCUGAGUAGAAGCGUUGGGAGCGGACUGGAUGAAACUGGUUCCGAGUCGCCGCCGCCGUCGUCAUCAGCGGCGCCACAGCGAGUGGUGACGGGACUGGACGAGACGACAGGACAGGUGGAUAGCAUGGACACGGAGUUCCUGGCAGUUGCGUCGCAGCGCCCGCAGCCCGACCCCAUCACGGUGCCGUACCUGAGCCCGCUGGUGCUGCGCAAGGAGGUGGAGAACGUGCUGGAGAGCGAGGGCGACGGCUCACUCACCCGCGCCGACUUCGUGGACCAGCACCCCAUCAUCUACUGGAACCUGGUCUGGUACUUCCGCCGGCUGGACGUGCCCAGUAACCUCAUCGGACUGGUGCUGUCUGCUGAGAUCACCACCAAGGCUGCAGAGAUCCCCAAGCAGUGGCUGUCAGCGGACAGUAAGCACGUGUGUGUGAAGGUUCUCUGGGACAACAUCAACCUGCACGAAGAGCCAGGCCAGCCUCUGUACCUCAUGUGGAAUGCACAUGCUCAAAAGUCGUCCUUGGCACAUGCCCUGAUCACAGAGGAGAAGCUGUCAUCUAAGCGGUUCAUGCAGUCCAUUGUGACAAGUAUCCAGAGUAAUGACUUGCUGACUCCUAUGAAGUACAUGCUGCAGGAGUACCACAAACACAAGGCCACACAGGGGAGACACAGGAGUAUCUACAGAGAGAUACUAUAUCUGUCCUUAGUAUCUCUGGGAAGGGACAACAUUGAUCAUGACGCUUUUGACCGCGAGUACAAGCUGGCAUUCAGCCGCCUGUCGGAGGACCUGCAGGCCAUGACACAAGAAGACGACAAACCGCCCAGCGCACGAACUCUGUGGUGUCGGCGCAUCUUCAGCUCUCUCUACCUGUAGCUCAAGCUCCGCUUCAUGAUAACUUCUUCUACUUGUGUAUAAUCUUUACUACUUUUUAUUUGCUGCUGGGGUUCAAAGUUUACUACCGAUAAGAUUUAUCAAUAAUUGCCACCUGACUAGUUUACUUCUGCCAAGUGUUCUGUAAGAAAGGAACGUGUAUAUAGCUGUGAAAAAAAAUGAUACAGACAUUUAAAGUGUCUUUGUUUGCAGUCCAUGUUAUAUAGAUACCUGGUCUUGCAAGUGAGUAUAAGAUUUUUGCUCUAGAUGGCUCUACAUGUAUAUUAUGAUGUUACCAAUGAUAGGAGCUAUGGUUUUUCUGCAUUUGUACAAGCAAACUUGUGGGGAAUAGUUUAAGGAGUAAGGGAUGCUCAGCACUGUGCAAGUAGAUUUGUGGAACUCUGGUAGAAAGCAAUGAACAUUUAACAAAAGUAGAGGUACAACACACAAAGAAGUUUGUGGUCCUGUAAUUCAAAGUGUUAGUUUACUGCAUGUGGUUAGUUGGUACAUAUAUUACAAUUUAUAACCUUAAAAAAUUUCUUAACUUCUCAUAGCCCACAAAGUGCAGAUUUUGUGGGAUUUGAGCUUCUCGUUUUGUUGAGCCUAAGGUAAGAAAUUGGCACCAUGGAUAAGUAGCCUUCAUUUGUGUGAUAGCAAGAAACUUACAGAUACAAUAUUUCUACUCAAGGCUGGCAAAACUCCAGCUGCAUAUUGGAAAGGUUAGAUUAGCCUCUACCAGGCACAGCGGAUCGCUGAAAAAAUAGUACAAAUUGGCCGAAAUAAAGGAAUAAUAUACCAGGGGAGGUAGCCAAUUCGCGACCCGUGGGGUUGGAUCUUCUCCAAUUUCUACUAUUUUUCCAGCGAUCGGUGGUGCCUGGUAGAGGCUAAGGUUAGAUGGCAUCAGGACCUGAUGUUGUGUCAUUUACCUAGUAGUUACGCUAGCGGACACAAGAUCAAGUGGUCAUGGGUUCGAUUCCUGGAUGUACUUGGCCAGAUGUUGUCACUCUCUCAAACUCUCUCAAAAUGGCAGUACCAAAAGUCCAUGUCCAAUAAUACCACACAGUGGUGGAUUUUUAACAACCCAUUUCCCCAUAGCCUCAGAUGGCUAUGGGACUAUCUUCAUCUUUAUUACCUUCGCCAAGAAGGUUAUGUUUUCAGAGGCGUUUGUGUGUCUGUCUGUCUGUCUGUCUGUCUGUCUGUCUGUCUGUCUG